AUAACAUUAAACACGUUUGUAUUUGAGGAACAUUAUUGUUUUAAACACUUUAUUUUCGCUCACAAGAGGCUAAACACGCGUUCGGGACUUUUAUUUUGAAAAGCGCACACCGGAAGCCUUCCUUGCCCGUGUGUUUGUUUUGCAGGUUUGUGUCUUUUUUUUCCAAACUCUGACCUUGGCUGUUUGGAAAACAACAACGGAACCAUGAGCUCGGACGCUGGGAUCCAGAUACCGAGCCGUCUGCCGCUGCUGCUGACCCACGAAGGCGUGCUCCUGCCGGGCUCCACCGUCAGGCUCAGCGUGGACUCCCCGCGGAACAUGCACCUGGUCAGCCAGCGGCUGCUGCGGGGCACCUCGCUGAAAAGCACAAUCAUAGGAGUGAUCCCCAACACCAGAGACCCCGAGCACGACACCGACGACCUGCCCACGUUGCACAAGAUUGGUACAGCAGGGAUAGCGGUGCAGGUGGUGGGCAGUAACUGGCCGAAGCCCCACUACACCCUCCUCAUCACCGGGUUGUGCCGCUUUCGCGUGUCAAGUCUGCUAAAGGAGCGACCAUUCGUCCUCGCAGAGGUGGAGCAGCUGGAUAAACUGGAUCAGUACACAACCUCGGCGACAGAAGGUGCUACAGCAGGAGACGGAGAGCUGGGGGAGCUGAGCCAGAAUUUCUACCAGGCUGCCGUACAGUUGUUAGGUAUGUUGGACACGUCCGUACCGGUGGUGGCUAAGUUCAGGCGUCUGUUGGACAGUCUGCCCAGGGAAACUCUACCCGAUGUGGUGGCCUCCAUGAUCCGCACUUCAAACAAGGAGAAACUACAGGUCCUGGAUGCGGUGAGCUUGGAGGAGCGAUUCAAGAAGGCUCUGCCGAUGUUGACCAGACAGAUAGACGGACUGAAACUGCUGCAGAAGACCAGGAAAAUCAGUCCCGACAACGAGAAGAGGGUGCUGUCGGUGCGUAAAGGUGGAGUGUUCCCCGGCCGGCAGUUCAAUCUGGAAGGCGAAGAUGAAGACGAGGAUGAGGAUGACACCGCGGCAUUGGAGAAGAAGAUCCACAGGGCCAACAUGCCCGAAACUGCACUCAGAGUUUGCCUGAAAGAGCUCAAGAGAUUGAAGAAAAUGCCUCAGUCCAUGCCAGAGUUCGCCCUGACCAGAAACUACUUGGAUCUGAUGGUCGAGUUACCGUGGAGCAAGAGCACCAAAGACUGCCUGGACAUCCGAGCGGCUCGCACGCUAUUGGACAACGAUCACUACGCCUUGGACAAGCUGAAGAGACGCGUGCUGGAGUACCUGGCUGUUAGACAGCUGAAGACUUCACUGAAGGGCCCCAUCCUCUGCUUUGUGGGGCCCCCUGGCGUGGGCAAGACCAGCGUGGGACGCUCUAUAGCCCGGACUCUCGGCAGAGAGUUUCACCGCAUCGCUCUGGGCGGCGUGUGUGACCAGUCCGACAUCAGAGGACACAGGCGUACAUACGUAGGGAGCAUGCCCGGCCGCAUCAUCAACGGUCUGAAGACGGUCGGCGUCAAUAAUCCCGUGUUCCUCCUGGACGAGGUGGACAAACUGGGCAAGAGCCUGCAAGGAGACCCUGCAGCUGCACUGCUGGAGGUCCUGGACCCAGAGCAGAACCACAGCUUCACAGACCAUUACCUCAACGUGGCCUUCGACCUGUCCCAAGUGCUUUUUAUCGCCACCGCAAACACCACCGCGACCAUCCCGCCCGCCCUGCUGGACAGGAUGGAGGUGCUGCAGAUACCAGGCUACACGCAGGAGGAGAGGGUGGAAAUAGCUCACCGUCACCUGAUCCCGAAUCAACUGGAGCAGCAUGGAUUGACACCUCAGCAGCUGCACAUACCCCAGGACACCACGCAGAAUAUAAUCAGCAGGUACACCCGUGAGGCAGGCGUGCGCUCCCUCGAGAGGAAGAUCGGCGCGAUCUGCCGCGCUGUGGCUGUGAAGGUCGCCGAAGGUCACAGAGUCACCAAGACGGAAGCUGUGACCACGGAGAGUCCAACACAGCAGGGAGACAAGGCGGCGCCUCCGGAGAUGCCCAUAGUGAUCGACCACAUCGCCCUGAAAGACAUCCUGGGCCCUCCGCUGUUUGAAAUGGAGGUGUCAGAGCGGCUCACCCUGCCAGGUGUGGCUCUCGGCCUGGCCUGGACCCCCCUCGGCGGGGAGAUAAUGUUCGUGGAGGCCAGUCGGAUGGAGGGAGACGGUCAGCUCACCCUGACCGGUCAGCUGGGAGACGUCAUGAAAGAAUCCGCCCAUCUGGCUAUCAGCUGGCUCAGGACGAACGCGAAAACCUACCAGCUCACCAACAUGGUCGGAGGUCCAGAUCCGCUAGAAGGGACGGACAUCCACCUCCACUUCCCAGCCGGAGCUGUCACCAAGGAUGGGCCCUCUGCAGGCGUUACCAUAGUAACCUGCCUAGCCUCGCUGUUUAGCGGCCGCUUGGUCAGAUCAGACGUUGCCAUGACGGGAGAGAUCACACUAAGGGGGCUGGUGCUGCCGGUGGGCGGGAUCAAGGACAAGGUCCUGGCGGCGCACAGGGCGGGAGUGAAGCGCGUCAUCCUCCCCAAACGCAACGAGAAGGACCUCGAGGAGCUUCCGGCGAACGUCCGAGCCGACCUGGACUUCAUCACCGCCGUGAACCUGGACGAGGUGCUGAACACCGCCUUCGACGGAGGUUUUCCGGGGGCGUCCGGCAGCACCCACACACACCCUCAGCUCACCAGCAAACUGUAACACACAGAUGAACGUAGACGCGACGAGUUUUUCCGAUAUUCAGCUGCAGGAAGUUCAUGAUCUCUAACCCUGUUUUAAGGUUCAGAAGGCCGGCAAUGUUUACGCUUUCCUAGUCGGGCUGCUGUUUUCUUGGAUAUUUACAUCAUAAUAAUUCGAGCUAAUGCUCUAAGUCAGGUGGAUACGAGCCUAUUAAUGUAAUUGGUGAGCACUUAUUCAUAUAUUAUUUAAUUUCCAAUCAGUUUCUCGUGACAAAAAGCAACAUCGGGAUCAUACUGAAUCAUCUCGUCAUCAUAUCCCCAGACUUAUUUCCAGCGCACACAUGCACUUAAAGACGAUGUUGAAUGAAAUGAAGAUUAACGCUGAACUCGUACUAACGCAGGAGUCAGGCAGAAGUAUUAUUAAUAUGAAGGAGGAGGGAGUGUAGAGAAGUGUAGCACAGCUCUGAUUUCACCCUUAACCAAGAUGCACCUGUGUCUGAUUGAACAACUGUAAUUAAAGAUGCUUGAAAUCAGA